CAACUUGCAGGCAGCCUCUUUAAGAUCCUCGCACUCCGUGGUGGCCUCGCAUCUUGAGCCAUGUCUGCCCAGUUGCUGGCCGUUCUGCUUGCCUUCACCUCCCUGUGUGCUGCGUCUGAACCUGACUGCGAGGAGCUUGUUAAACCUCUGCAGCUGGACACUCACAGCCCUAUCUUCGGGAAAUGGGUUCUCCAUGUGAGCUCAUGGGACAAACCAGGCCUGAAGAGUGACCUGGUGGCAGCAAACAGCUCGUGGAUCGAAUUGUCACCAUCCUCCCAGAGUGGGAGCAUCUCCCUCUACUGGGCUGACCGUCUGAAUGACAAUAAAUGCCUUCAGGGGUCAGCUGAUGUCACCGUCUCCGGAAUGACCAGUCACACCACCUUCAACAUCAAUAACCAUACUUCCUAUCAUGAGGGCAAAUAUUAUGCAACCUGCUCCGACUGCCUCCUGUCCGAAGACACCACCCUCCUCCCCGAUGGCAAAUCGAAGGGCCGAUACCUUUUCCUCUUUACCCGAACUGGUAAACUGGAGCCAUCCGAAUUGGAGACCUUCAAGAAACAGGCCGUGUGUCUGAAUUUCCCCCCAGAAUUCUACUUUUUGGACUCAGAUCUCUGUCCGGAUGACAGGAAGACCGGUGCAACCAGUGAAGGAGAAGAGCCUACUGGUUCUGCAAAGUAAAAUGUAGCACAUGAACCGUCAGACAAAUAUGUCGUACUAAACAAACUAAAUGUUCGCAUGUGACUUUGUGAAGUGGAAUAACCUUGUAGACAUGUAAAACUUGAUCGCUUUGUGUCGAUUCUUUUUUUUUUGGGGGGGGGUUAAUAAAUGGAUCUCUGCAUCCUUAUUACGGUAGCGAACACUGGUUAAUUGUCGUGGAAUUAAACAAAUGCAAUUCC